GGUAUUUUACAUUCUAUACCUAGGGGAAAGCCAUCAAGUCUUUUGCCAUGCUCAUAAUGCUCCUAUGCGGAUAUAGGGGUUAAAGAGAUGUCAGUCAAUUAUAAUAACUAUCAGAAAGAAUCACGUUGUAUCGAACGCUGAUGGCAGUUACAUAAACAAUACUAGGAAUUCAGACCCAUCAUAUCCAGACUUCUCAUUAUUAGAGUCGCAAUAGUGGCGGACUUUAUCAAGUCAAUUCCGCUAAUCUCCGUCCAGUAAUCACACUCUAUAACAAAAUCUCUAUCUUUACCUAUGUUGGAUGGGAAAGAGUCCGGAUAUACUAACUAGGUUAAGUCAAGCAGUGAAGAAUAAAUAUUAAGACACCUUACCGUCCCAACAUUUCUACGUCAGACUCAUAUCAUCAAUCAUAGACGUAUCUCUUCAACUUAACACCUACAUCAUCCGAUCACAUACCCAGUUAGAAGCAUUAAAAAUGCCUGCCAACAACAGCAUCAAGACGGCGCUAUCGCUCAUCGAGAACGACAAGUCCAAAGUUCUAGGCUUAAGUGUCGGCAAGCAUACCAGCGUCGAACCCGGGCUAUAUAUCCCAAAGGCCGACGCUCAAUCAGAGCCAGAAAUCAGCUUCGCAUCGGCGUCGCCCGAGAAAACUUACAUAAUAAUAAACCUCGAUCUCGACGCUCCGUUCCCGUCCUUCAGCGUGUUAGGUCCGGUACUCCACUGGAUCCAGUCGGACUUGAAAGCCACGCCAGCCGCCGACGGUAACGGAUUCGUCCUCAAGUCUACGGCACCCUUCAUAGUAAAUUACAUUGGCCCUGCGCCGCCGCCGCCAAGCGCGCCACACCGGUAUGCUUUCUUCUUAUACGAGCAGCCUGAGGGCUUCGACGUCAAGAAACAUGCACCGGCCGGCGGGAAGCCUGUCGGGGUUUCGCGCCGCAUGCGCUUCGACUUAGAUGGAUGGGAGAAAGAGCUUAAGCUUGGGCCUGUGCUCGCUGUUAAUUACUUCAAUAGCAAUUAGUUAGGCACUACAGCUUAAAGUGCAUCUGUGAUCUUGAUCUUUUUCUCGGAGAGAUUUACAACCUAUCCUCGGUCAAUGGAACAAUAAAUGUUUGUUUGUUUUUUUGUUUUUCUGGUUUUUCUUUUCUUGGGCUGGAGCGGUGACGGACAGGGCCGGAUUGCGAUAUUAUUAGGUCAAUUUCGGUGCCUUCAUAAUACCCAUAUACCCACAAUAUCGAUCCCAAUGCUGAAUUGUCGGAAUUCUUAC